CAGGGCCCUCGGCAGGCCGUGGCCCCCCCGCGUGCUCGUGGUGGGCACGGGCGGCGGGGCCCUGCCGGCCUGGUUCGCGGCGCAGCUGGGCGCCGUGGUGGACGCCGUGGAGCUGGACGCCUCUCGGGCCGCACGAGAGGGGGGGAUGGGGCUGCCUGCGGAGGCGGUGCGCUCGGCGGCCGGCGCGGAGGGCUGCGCGGCCGACGCGGCCGCCAGCGGCCGCGGCGGAGGCUCCCUGCGCGUCUACUGCUGCGACGGCGCGGCCUUCGUCCUGGCCGCUGCCGCGUCGCCGGCGGGCCCGCGCUACGACAUCGCCAUCGUGGACGUGUUCGACGGCGAGGGCGAGACGCCAGCGGCGUUCCUCGACGGCGAGUUCGCCGAGGCGCUGGGGAAGAUCUCGGCGGUGGCCGUGGCCAACCUGACGUGCCCGGUGCCCAUGUGGGAGACCGCGCACCAGUGGAACGCGCCCCAGGCCGGCGCGCUGGCCGCCGCCUGGCGCGCCGGCUUCGGCCCCGCCGCGGGGGUGUGGAGCGUGCGGGUCGCCGAGGGACAGAACAUUGUCCUGGCGGUGACUUCUGUGGGGGCGCCUCCCCCGGAGUUCCUGGAGGGCGAAGCGUUGCAGGCGGCUGCCGAGGGCCUCUUCCCGUUCGACCCCGUGCGCCGGGUCUCCUUCAAGCGGCAGGAGUGGGCGGCCUGAGCCCAGCCGCCGUCGAACGGCCCCUGGCUGCUCUGCAGGCGCCUGCGCUGGCUGGAGGCCAUCGGGCCCACGGGGUCCGGAUCGGCGUGCGCUCUGCCCCCGAGUGGGCAAAGGCCAGCGCGGGUGGGACUGCUGCAGCCGCCACCACACUUCUGCUCGCUCUGGCUGUGCGCGCAGUCGAAAGAGUCGAGGACGGGAAAUCGGUUCACCUAGCCACUCCGA